UAAUCAUGUCUAAAGUUUUCAUUUCUUUCUUCAUAUAAACCUCACAAUUCCUCACCAUCUUCUUCGUCGACAAUCGUAGUUACGAACCGAGUUUAGGGUUGCUGAGAAGGCCACCACCACGAAGAAAAUGAAUACGGCCAGGUUUAUCAAGUGCGUCACCGUGGGCGACGGUGCAGUCGGAAAGACUUGUAUGCUUAUUUCGUAUACUAGCAAUACUUUCCCAACGGAUUAUGUUCCGACAGUGUUUGAUAACUUUAGUGCUAACGUGGUGGUGGAUGGAAGUACAGUGAACCUUGGCCUAUGGGACACUGCCGGACAAGAAGAUUACAACAGGCUGAGACCUCUGAGUUAUAGAGGAGCUGAUGUGUUUCUGCUGGCCUUCUCUCUUAUAAGCAAGCCCAGUUACGAAAAUGUUCACAAGAAGUGGAUUCCUGAGCUUAGACAUCAUGCUCCAAAUGUGCCAAUUGUGCUUGUCGGAACCAAAUUAGAUUUACGAGAUGACAAGCAGUUCUUGAGUGACCACCCAGGAACAACAUCAAUAAGGACAUCUCAGGGAGAGGAACUGAAGAAGAUGGUAGGUGCAGUGACUUACAUUGAAUGCAGUUCCAAAACCCAACAGAAUGUGAAGACAGUUUUCGAUGUUGCAAUAAAGGUAGCAUUGAGGCCACCAAAACCAAAGAGGAAGCCAGCAAGGAAACGAAGAUCAUGUGUUUUCCUUUGAACAACAUUAUAAUCAAAUGCUAUUUGCUAUGCUUUUUUUUUUUUUUUUACAUAAA